AUGUUGAGGAAAGGCACAGACAUUACACUCGGAGCACCACCACCCUCUUCUAAACCUCCUGAGGAGCCCAGAGAACGUCCAUCUAAGCUACCUACUGAAAAUGGACGUUUCUCAGGGCGAAAGUUAGACGAUACCCGGCGUCUCAGUAACGAUUCGGAAUCCCAACAUUCUUAUCGCGGAGAUUCUGGAAGUACAACACCCGAUGCGGCUUCGAUAUCCAGCUCUCAUGGACAUCGCUCGAAAACGUAUGUUAGGGGAGGAGGUAACAAAAGGAGAGAUAACAGGGAUUUCCGUUAUGAUAACGGAUACAACGGUUAUAACAGCAGGAAUGGGUCUCAAAUGUCUUCAAGACAAGGAAGUAGGGAUGAUAUACGAGAGGAAAGAUAUAAUCGAUCUCAUAAAACCUACGACUCAACACAAUCCCUGUACGAUAACCGUCGACCUGGGGGGUAUUUAGAGUACCGCUCUCCAAGAAAGAAUGACUUCCGAAGAGAUUUCGAUAAUCACUCGAUGGGGCCUUCUAGAUUUGAUCGAGCUCCAACACGUGGUCACGAAAGAUCUUCGAUGAGGGCAGAAGCUGGAUUUAGACGUCCAAAUGGAAGAAGACGUAAUGAUUCCAUAAAUAGCACUCAAAGUGAGCGUCCACCUGCCCCGGAUGCGACAGUUGAUACUCGAUUGGAAACGCAAAGCCAAGCUAGUGAUGACCAAUCGUUUUCAUAUCGUCAAAUUUGUGAAUCAUUCGAAUCUUUAGGGUCAAUAAAUUGGAGCGAAGAAAUGGAAGCUGAUUACAAUGAGAAAGUUCGACGAGAAGAGGAAGAGAAAGCCAAAGAACUCCAGCAAAAACUCGAAGCUUGUGCCAGUGAACUCGCAGAACCAGAAGCAUCUGGUUCUACUAAUACACGAGGAAUUCUGCGAGUAAAUAUAGGUGAUCAAGCGAGAGGGUCGAAACAACCGUGGAGACGAGGUGGAAGGGUGCACAAUCGAGGAGGACGUACUCGAAAAGAUAGCGAUCGUUCUUCUUCUGUGAGUGGUAGCAUCGCUGAAGAAGACGAGAGUGACGACUGUGAGCUCGCUAGCGGAGAAAGGACGCCUACUAGAGAGUCCGAGUAUGAGAACAAGCGAUGGAGCAGUCGAGGAGGACGACAACAGAAAAAGGGUUAUGGUGUUCCUGGCAAGGUGUAUGAAAACGGCCGAGGAAGAUACCACGAGAAUUAUGAUCCCAACGGUUAUGACUCACAACGCAAUAAUGUAAAUGCUUCGAAAUACAAAGGGGAUCAUGAUUUCGAUAGAGGUGAAGCUCCUCCAUCAAGAUUCAAAGAUAGGCUAUCUUUCCCUAAUCGUAAUACUAACGAGGAAAACUAUGGAGACCGUUCUCGUAGGCAUCCUGCUCAAAAACUGUACCAUCCGCGAAGACAAGAAGAUUUACACCAUCAUCCGAAUGUCUUCAACUCGAAUAGAUCUGCUGCGAGUUGUGUUGAACCACAUCAGUCUAGAGGUUCAUCUGAUCAAGAGAGAGACGAAGCUGGCAUGAAGGGACAACAAAUGUCGGAUUUCCCCAUUUACAGUCAGAUAUCGAAGGAUCAGGGUCCGAGAAUGCAGAAGAUCAAUGAAAGCAUAACGGAACUACUGCCUCGGGUUGCCAAGAAAGACGUUGACAGUGCAAAGAAAGUCAUUCAAUAUAGUCAGGACUUAUGCGAUGUGUAUUACGAGUUUAUAACGAAAGAUAUCAACUUCACAUUCUCCAUGAACUUAGAACAGCAUUUGUGGAAACAAGGCUUUCAUAAGAUCAUCGACGUGUUGAAAGGUGCCUCUAACUCCACUUCUCCGGCAGCCAAAACUAUAUUAGGAAUCAUGUUAAAUCAUAUUGUUACGGGAAUAUCAUUUUAUGAGAAGUUAAUUCAACGAUACGAGAGUGAUUACGAAAUAGAAAUAGCUUCGCUACUGGUAUGGCCUUCUGGCUUCCCCACAGAUAAUUUUCGAACAAUUAUGCCUUCACCCUUACCUCUUCAUAACCUAUCUUCAAAACAGAAGUUCGCCUUAAAAUCUUGUUCGCGUCAUUUUGUUUCUAUGGGUGAUCUGUACAGAUACAAAUCACUUGUGGAAGGAUGCGAAGACUAUUCUGUUGCUAGAAGUUGGUACUUGAAAGCGUCUCUCCUUUGGCCAUCAUCUGGACAUCCAUACAACCAGUUGGCCGUAGUAGCUUACUUUUCGAUGCUCUACCGCAGCACUCGUCGUGCCCGACAUAUUCCUAUCCAGAUUCUCUCCGAACAGAGACAGGAAAGAGUGUUAGAUGAGAUAUUCUACUGUGUACGAGCCUUAAGUGCUGCCCAUUCCUUCGAAGCGGGAAAAAUCAGAUUAUUCGCCAGACUAGCUGCGAUGAGAAGAAAGGUAGACAAGUACGAGCAUAUGCUGGAUGCUGAAAACGGCCGAGUACAAGGGGAAGCAGAGCUAGCAGCUCGAUUAGAUCGUCCUAGGGAACUUUGGGUUGCUGUGAAUGGUGUAGAUGAACUCCCAGAGCAAGCAACUAAUCUUUUCGAUAGCUAUCUAGAGCAGCAACCAUCUCAGUUGCAUCGGCGAACUGUAUCUUACAUCAUUGAUACGGCUGGAUUACUCAUUACAAAAAUCGGAAUGGAACACUUUGUUAGCGUGUCUGAGCGAGCACUCGCCCAACUUGCUGCCUUAGUUCUAAUUCCUGCAUCCCCUAUCACGUCAUAUCAGUUAAUACAAAUGGGUCUUUUGUUAAUUUAUGCUGUUCAUGUAUCGGCAAUCAAAAACGAACCAGAAAUGUGCUCGGCACAACAGCAAAUGGCAGUCAGAACUGUCAUAACGUUUUUCGGAGCUUUACUCAGACCACUUCAUGAUGUUCUGGAUUCUUUGCCAAACUACUUAACCGGAAAAGACACUAUUCCACAAUUAGUUGCGCGUGUCCUACCGGCAAUCGGCAUAGUCUCUGAAUGGCUAUCUUGUCCUCAUGCUUCCACUAUUUAUCGAACUAUGCCUUCUGUUGAUCCACUCCCCAUACAAACAGUCAAAAUUAAUACAUGGCAAAUGUUGGCGGAUGUUACUAAUAAACUUGUUAAACUGGAAGACACUCAAGUAUUAGGGAAGGCAGAAUCUAGUAAAACUAGCAAGAGUUAUAUUUUACCUGAACUUGUGUUUGUGUCCUCCUUUUUGAACAUAUUCCCACCCGUUCCCAGAACAAGCGAAUUUACACUUCCACCAGACACGAGCGAAAACUCUCCUAUCGACCUUCAUAUCCGUUUACGAAAUCUUUUAUCAGGCGCUGAAUACAUAGAUGGCUCCACCUUAAGUUGCUUCUAUUUCGAUGAAAAUCUAGCUGAGUUCCGUAGCCACAGCUGUGAAGAAUUUGAAACAGAAUCGAGCACUACGUCUACUAAGGACAACACUUUGACAGAGAGAGAUAGUCAAGUCGAUCGAACGAGAGAAGAAUUGUUCCAACUCGAGAAAAAUAAGCAGACGGUUGUCGUUCGACCCGCCAAUCUUAUCCUAGAUACGAAUGCUUUUGUGGAUCAUUUAGAUGAUGUUCGGAAGCUUGUCGAAUCUAAUCGAUUCCAAAUUGUUGUUCCGACUAUAGUUAUUGAGGAGUUAUUAGGGCUUGGACAGCGGAAGGGGAUGGAGACCAUGUCGAUGCAUGAGAAGUUCGUAACCGAAGAAGCAAAACGAGCCAUCAAUUGGUUGAAAGAGAAGGCGAAAGAAAAAUGUCCGCGAAUGAGCACCUUAACUACACAAGGAAAGAAAUUGACAAUAUGUAUAGUAAGCGAAGAAAUCGGUGACUAUCACACAGGAAGAAUAAAUGAUGAUAGGAUUUUGCAAAGUUGUACUGCAUUUGUUGAAAACUCACCUGCUGCUCCAUUCACAGAUGUUGUUUUACCAUAUUUUGAAGAGCCACCCCUAUACAGAAAUGUAGUUUUAUUGAGUCAAGAUCGGGGAAUUUGUAUUAAAGCAACAAGUCAGAACAUUCCCACUCGAACUGUUCCCAGUUUCAUUAAAUGGGCCAAAAUCGAAUAG